AAAGGGUGGAUGGACAACGCUACUCCACGUGAUUUACUAGCCUGUCUUCCGACUGGUUUUGAGAUUAACGCUCUUCAAUGGUUUAUGAACGGUAGAGUGUACACCAGUCUAGUGAUUAACCUGCACAGUUAUUUUCCUCAAUGAUGUUUACCGAAUUUACGUCAUAUCUAUUUGUGACCAUAUUUAUCCGCACAUUAACACCCACAAUUGCAAACAAGGUAAUUUAAAUCGAAAACGAAAGAAGGAAUAGGUCAAAUAAAUCAAAUAAAAGAUGAAACGACGGCGGUGCCCCGAUUGCGGACUGUCUGGUGAAUUUAGCAAGUCAAAUAUGAGAAGACACCGCCUACAGACCCACGGUUUUGUGACAUGUGAAUGUGGUAGACAGUUUUGUAAAGAAGAACACAUGGCACAACACAAGAGAGAGAACAGGAUUCAUGCAGGGGGUUUGCAACAUUCAUCCUCGGCGUUGUAUCGUGUAGGAAUGCAAGGAUUAUAUGGGGCAUUUGGAGGCUUAAGCAUAUCAACUCUUUCAUCAGACAUAUACACAUUGAGUUCUGGAACUUUGGAAAGUUUCAUUGCUGACAACAUUCAAGCUAAUACACAAUUUCUCGGAUGUUGUGGUGAAGUUAUUGAUAGCCUUGUUCGCAAACUACAGGACACAGAUAUGGUACCUUCAAAACUUCGCCCGAGGCGAAUAAUCAAGUCCGGUUCACUCGGAAAAGGUACAGCUGUGAAGGACAGGUCUGAUAUAGACCUCAUACUGAUGCUCGUUAAGUACGAUAAUGUUGAAGUUCUUAUGAGGGAUAUGCGUGACCUACUCCGGAGUCUAGAAAAACACCUGAAGGAGAAUACUACAGCAAAGCACCAAAGGACAACACGAUACUCAGUACAAGUAGAACUAACAUGUCGUUCUGGGCAUAAACAUGAUGUUGAUAUACUUCCUGCUGUUGACCUGCUCGAAAUAGGCAACGUACCUUCAGAUGUGUAUAGAAUGAUGAAAGGGGUUGCAGACAGUAUUAUCCAUGAAUACUCGGUUAGUCUGGCUCCUUUACAGUUAGAUAUCAUUGGAGAAUUGCCUACCAAAGUAAAAAGCUUAAUUAAACUUAUCAAGUACUGGAAAGACAAGAAACUAAAGGAACAAGAUGAACCAGAAAUGCCGAGUUUUGCUGAGAAACGAUAUGGAAAGCCAAACUGGCCGAGUUCAUAUGUUCUAGAACUGGUGAUUUUGAAUGCCUGGACUGAAGCUAAUGCACCUGUGAGCUUUGACAUGACUCGGGCUUUACAUGCAAUUCUGACUUCUCUGGUUAACCAUAGACAGUUUAAAAUCAUUCUAAGAAGACAAAUAAGGUACAACAUGACAUUGAUACAGGCAAGAUCGGCUCCGUAUAUUAUGGAUCCUGCAAAUCCUUUCAACGACAUGUAUCAUGGACUUGUCGAUGGUCAGGCGUUUGACUGGGACAGAGUUGUACCAGAAGCCCGACUUUGGCUCAGUAAACCACUAUUUUACGGGGUUUCAAAUACAAAACAUACAUGGAACUAGAAUGAUGUAGUUCUGGCGUUUUUUGACUUUGUUUUGGUCAAUAAUGAUGCAAAAAUUGUUUUGCUGUGUUUGUUUAUAUUUUCGUGUGAACUUUUCAUUGUCUUAGAGAAAAAACAUGAUAACAUAGCAUAUUGUACUUGUGAAUACUAGACAAGUUUAACUCAUUCUAUGGAAAUAAAACAGGAGUAUUCAAAGUCAUUGUAUUCAGUCAAACAAUAAAAGCGUUGCAUCAAUGUAUAAGUAAAACAGUGUAUUAGGAUUUUGUGAUAUUACAAUACAUGUAUAACAGAAUUGUAUCUUAGAUUACCAUUAGCGCGCAGAACAAAAAUAAAGCAGAAAUGCACUUGUAUAAAACCGUGAAAAUACUAGAUGACUGCAUAGACAUUAUAAAUCAAUUCAAUUCGUUUCGUUUUAUUAGUACCCUACUGGUUGAAAAUCAGUUUCGGGGACUAUAGGAAUGCGCUUUUCCGUCCGUCCGUCAAAGACAUACUUCAGAUCUUUGAAAUCAAGUUUGUAUUUCUUUCAUUUUAUACUUGCUCCUUUCUUUUGAAAUUAUGUAAAGGAAGACAUAAUAAAAGUAAUUUUUAAAUUUGUGUUUACUUUAUAUGAGCGUAUGGACUUUAUUUGCUUUCAAACAGCAGUCCUUGCAUUAGUUUAGUUUACUUUGAGGCGAUAACUCAAAAUACUUCAUAGACAUAUAACAAAUUAUUCAGUUUUGCAAAUUCGAUAUACGCAGAUAUGAAAGUACUGUAUCUGCUGUAUUCACAUACGAAUAUCUGUUAAAUCCAUGUAAGACAUUGCCUUGCUUGCGUUGAACAUAUAUCAACUGUUUUUUAAUGAUGGAUUCAAUGACAUAAAAUCUACUGACUAUUUUUAUAAAAUCGUUUUCGACCUUUCUGCUUACCGGAACAUUGUGUCAAUAGUCGACGCUCAUUCGUUUACGUAAGAGUCGGCACAUACACGCUAGAGCAAACGCUAUAGAACAGAAACGACAAAAGUUAUCAUCCUAACAUAGAACAAAAUAGUUCCGUCUUGACGACCCUGAUUAUUAUAUCAAAAGAAAAAUCAAAAGACUUGAAUCACACUGAAAUAUAUGCAUGACGUACUUCUAGGUCUUUGAUUAUGUCUUGUUUAUUUUACAUACACGGUUUUAUAUUAAACAGAAAAUGUGGUAUUGUACCUUAAAAUAGCAGUGUCUAUUAGAUCUCAUUUUGUUGCAUUCGUUGGUUUGUUUAGAAUUUAGUAUGUUUUUUUUUCAUAUAACAUCAGAUAAUGAAAUGAAUAUCUGGAAACGUAAUAAACGACUAUUAUUUAUUUUUCAUUUUAAAGCAAUCGUUAUCAUUCGCUGUUAUUUAGUUAAUACUAACUGUACACUCGCGACCUUUUCAGCUUCAAAUAACGAUUGUACGUGUAAGCCAAAACAUUAACACUACUGUAUGUAUUGUAAAUCUUAACUAAUAAGAAUUUAUAAUAAAACUGCUAUUAUCAAUUUUGAUACAAUGAAAUGCAGUCUGAUGGAAAGCCAUACCCCCAUCGCUGUACUUCAUAGUGAAAGAGGAGACAAAUCAGUAAAAUUCGUACCUAAAAUUAUGGUUUUGCACUUCCACUCAUUCCAGUCUACCAAUAUAUCAUUUAGUUUCAUUCAGAAGAUGAAAAGUUACUUUGCGCUUUCUUUUAUUGUCAUUUAUUAUUGUUAUAAGUUCCCCUCAGCUGAAAAUAUAUACAUAAAGUGAUAUAAUAAAAAAGAUUCAUGAU